GUAAAUGUGAGUUACUUGCACUUCGGCAAUUGCUAGUAGGCCUAUAAAUUGCGAGCAUGGUGUGUAUUAUUCAAAUCCUCAAGAACGGGUUGUGUACUAAGGAAACUUUUAUAUAAACUGCGUCCAGACAAUAUGCGACAGGGGAAGGACGCGUGCUUUUGUUGGUUGCAAAGGUCAUCCAAGGAGUGUCAUAUAAAAGCACAGGCAGUGUUUGCUUACAGCACUCAGCACGUGACCACGUUGACUGAACAGAAAUCGCUUGGUGGUUUGUUGAAGCACCGAAAAGUGGGGUUUUCGCGUUAGCUCCGUGCACCAUGUCACUGCGUCAAAAAAGUGUGAAAAAUGUCCGCAGCCCUCGCAGCGCUAGCGGCGCGGCCUUCGUUCUCCAGCACCUGCCGCAGACCGUCACGGAACUGCUGGCCGCCAAACGUGCGGCCAAAAAGCCGACCGAAGUGACCGUCGUGGACGGCCGCCCGCAGGAGUGGAAAGAGCUGUCGGAGUGGCUAUGGGAUGGCAGUCAGGUCCAGGCCAAGGAGGCGCUUAAUACAGAGUUCAUCCAGGGUAUAAAGAGUGGUCUGCUUGACCCUACCGAUUACGGAGGCUACACUGUGCAGGAUGCGGUGUACUGCUACAACGCAACGACCUACUACCUGACUGCCGCGGGUAAAACGAGCGAUCUCGCGAUGAGUAAAUUCAUCCAAGGACGCAUCGACAGUUACAAAAGUUACACGCAGACCAUGUUCGACGAGUGGCACAUCCGGGAUCCGACAGGGGUUUCUAUGGGAACAGCUGCUGCUUCCUACUCUGCAUACGAAAAGCACGUGGCCGAAACCAACGAUCCAAUCUACCUGUUGAUAGCCAUGCUGCCGUGCGACCAAUUGUGGGGAUGGCUGGCCGAGCAGAUCAAAUCGGGCAUCAGCGACAAGAACGUGUACAGCUUCUGGAUCGAGGAUAACCUGCCACAACACAAGUCUAAGCUCGCAGAGUUCAUCGAUGCAAAUGCUCAUUACUACGAGGUGUUCUGGCCCGAGGCCAAAGUCAUCUACCAGAGAGCAAUGCAGGGAGAAGUGGACUUCUUCACUUCGGCCACACCGCCACCCAAGAACGCCUGAGACUACGCGCUGGUCAUACAUUGCGGUCUGCUCUUUUGACGUCAAAGUCCUGUUUUUACGUGGCCGCUAAAACUGCAGUUCGCGGCGGCACACAAGUAAAUUUAUAAAAGAAUAAUUCACAAAAUGUAAACAGAAAAAAACUUUUUGAAUUGCUGGAAUUUUUGGGUCUGUUUGUUGAAAUGUGUCCGGACACCUACAAUCCCGGUACCAGAGUUAGAAAACAAACCAACAAAGUCGGGACAGUUUGAAAAGUCGGGACCGAGAAAUUUGGUUCCAACUUUUUUUAGUCCAGAAAAUGCUUUGAUAAUAGCGCCCUCUGUUGUUCAAAGCAUUACAGCUCGGUCCUGGAAUUCACGUUGAUAUUAGCAACGUUCUUUACGUGUUUCAUUGUCUGUUCUCUCCUUACGUUAUUGCAAUAGAAUAAUCCUGUCCUUGAAAAUGAAUAAACUGAGUGCAGACGAACAAGUGCCUAGUAUGGAAAACUAAUAAGGGCGGUGGUCGAUAGACGGUGCAUGUCCUUUUGAGAAAAAGUACCGAUCUUCUCUUUUCUCUUCGAAAACUUUGUGGAGUUGCUCACUUAAUAGGUUCAUUUUAAUAUUCCCUGUUAGUCCUCGUUAGUGACAUUACCAAUAAUAGAAGUAGAACUGUUGUUUCAUAGCGUGUCUGUCUCUCCCAUAGCUAAGUGAUUUCAGUAAUGAUCAAGAAGCAAGCAGAAUAAAUUUUUUGCUUAGUAGAAUUAGUAGAGCUUUUAUAGCCGUUUAAGUAAAUAUCUUCUUAGCUUGGCAACAAAAAGUUGAAAUCUUGCACUUUAAUAUUGCCGUGACUGAUUCUCAGCCAAUUUAUAUUUAGUGCGUCAAUCUACCAGGUAGUGCUGAGUAUUUCUACUUAAUCUCUAUCUAUAGCGUUUAAAGGGAGUUAAUUAAAGAGGUAGUGAUUAUCGAGAUAUA